AUGAAGCCUAGGAGCAGGCACGCGUGGCUAGCCUUUGUCUACCUGCCCCACGUCUUCCGCACCAAGUGUCUCAUGACCGUGCAUGUCCCUGAGGCAGGACCUGAGCGCAGCGGGAGGACGGAGGACGUGCUGGCGCUGCCUCUGCAGCAACCCCCGGCCCUUGGCCGCCUGCCCUCGGGGUGCUGCGCUCCCUGUGCCUCUGCGAGCCAAGGUGCAAGUGCAUCCCUGAUGUCACAGCUCCUCAGCCACCCAAUAGUUGGCAGGAGCCUGGAUCCCACCAUCCUUUUCCCUUCAGCUCAGGCAGUGGCCCUGCCUCAGGACUACGAGUGUGGUGCAUCUCCUGGAGAGGGAGCACAAGCCCUGGCUUUCCCCAGGACCCGUGCCCCAGCUCCCAUGCCCUGUGCUUCGGAGAGGGACCAGCUCUCUGAUCAGCACCUACGGGACCAGCUCUCUGACCAGCACCUACAAGCCAAGCGGGCCAGGGUAGAGAGCAUCAUCCAGGGCAUGAGCCUCCCACCAACCCCUCAGGCAUUUGGCACCAGCCUGGAGGCAGCUUUUGGGCACGAGAGGGAGAGGGGCAGCGAGAUGCGCCGGGAGAGCAAGAGGAAACCGAGGGUGCCCCAGCAGGGUGCAGGGGUGGUCAAGCGAGUGGCUCCCGGGAGGGCCAGUCCCCAUGCCAAGGGCUGCCAGCAGCUCAAGGAGCAGCUCUGCUUUUUAGAGCAGCAGCUGAGACAGCUUCAGGAGAAGUUCUCCCAGGUCUGUGAUGCUGGGGAUGCUGCCCAAACCCGGGAAGGUGCUGAGAAAGUGCAUUCAUUGCCUGGAAAGCCUGGAGACAGACUGGACAAGGACAGUGCCGCUGUCACCAGCGACCUGUGCAAAACCCCUGUCUGGAGGAGCAUCCUGGAGGUGCAUGGGCCAGAGGAGGAUGAGGACAGAGAUGAAACAGGUGGCCUGCCCUCAGCAACGAGGGUACUCUCACAGGCGCUGAAGCACGAGCUGGCUGGGGUGAUGUCUCGGGUGGUGGACUCUGUCCUAAAGAGUGUCUGGCCAAAGGCAGCCAGCCAUCUCCUGCAGCAGCACCACAGCCUCCCGGUGCCAGGGCCAGAUGCCAGGAGAGAGCAGAUGCAGGAGGCACUGACCCCCGGCCACCUGAAGAAAGCCAAGCUGAUGUUUUUCUUCACCCGCUACCCCAGCUCCACUCUGCUGAAGACCUACUUCCUCGACGUGCAGUUCAGCCGCUGCAUCACCUCCCAGCUCAUCAAGUGGUUCAGCAACUUCCGCGAGUUUUACUACAUCCAGGUGGAGAAGUUUGCCCGGCAGGCCCUGCUGGAGGGUGUCGUGGAUGCUAGCACCCUUUGGGUCUCCCGGGACUCGGAGCUUUUCCGUGCCCUCAACAUGCACUAUAACAAGGGGAACGACUUCGAG